AUGGCCAACAUUGAGGAGAAGUUCUGGUGUCUUGGAAGAGGAAUAUUUGGCAGAUACCGGAGGAGAAAUAACUACAAAAAGAAGAGUAAGAAGCCCAAAGAAAAAACAAAAAAAGUUGAUGAAAAAACGUUAAGAGAGCAGGUCACUCAAGAAGGCAGCGAUGAUGAAGACUUGGCCGUGGCUGAAACGUACGCUGAUUAUAUGCCAAGCAAAUUGAAGGUUGGCAAGCGACACCCGGACCCUGUGGUGGAGACUGCGUCCUUGUCUAGUGUUGCCCCUCCCGACAUCGACUACGAGCUGCAUCUACCUUCUCACGUCGUAGAGAGUGGCGCAUUGUCCGCGCUGCAGCUGGAGGCCAUCACUUACGCGGCGCAGCAACACCAACACUUUCUGCCAGACGGUAGUCGGGCCGGCUUCCUCAUCGGUGACGGAGCUGGUGUAGGAAAAGGCCGAACAGUUGCUGGCUGCAUUUUUGAAAACUACUUGCAGGGAAGGAAAAAAGCCAUAUGGAUUUCAGUGUCUGCCGAUUUAAAAUAUGACAGCGAGAGGGAUCUUGAUGAUAUCGGAGCAACAAAUAUCAAAGUUUACGCUUUGAGUAAGCUGAAGUACGACAAGCUGUCGUCUGCAGCCAACGGUUGGAUAGAGGAAGGAGUGAUAUUCUGCACUUACUCACUGUUGUCUUCAUCGUCCACCUUGGGCGGAAGGCAUAAAACACGGAUGGAACAGCUGUUGGAUUGGUGCGGAGACAACUUCGACGGAGUCAUUGUGUUUGAUGAGUCCCAUAAAGCCAAAAACCUAGUUGUGACCAAAGCAAAGCCUACGAAGGCAGCGCAGGCAGUCGUGGAGCUGCAGUCGCGGUUGCCGCUGGCUCGUGUGGUGUACGCGUCUGCCACCGGGGCGUCCGAACCUCGCAACAUGGCGUACAUGACUCGGCUGGGCAUCUGGGGGACAGGGACGCCCUUCCCGGACUUCAUGGACUUUAUAAACUCCGUAGAGAAGAGAGGAGUUGGUGCAAUGGAAAUAGUCGCGAUGGACAUGAAGCUGCGAGGGAUCUACAUUGCUCGCCAACUCAGCUUCCACGGAGUUACGUUUAACAUCGACGAGAUCCAGUUGUCUCCGGAGUUUGUUCGAGCUUACAACGAUUCUGUUGCUCUGUGGGUACAAAUGCUUAACGAUUUCCAAACGGCCAUUGAACUGAUGGAAGUCCCUGCCAAAGAUAAGAUGACAAUUAUUAGACAAUUCUGGGGUUCUCACCAGCGUUUCUUCAAGUACCUUUGCAUCGCUGCUAAAGUGGAGCGAACUGUCGCAAUCACCAGGGAAGCCGUCAAGAUGGGAAAGUCUGUUGUGAUUGGUCUGCAAUCCACGGGAGAAGCUGCGACCAUCGGGACCCUCAAAGAAGACGGAGAAAUCAACGAGUUUGUUGGUACAGCCAAGACAGUCUUGCAGCAACUGGUGGAAAAACAUUUUCCAGCUCCUGAUAGAAAUAAAGUCAACAAACUAUUAGGAAUCAAAGGUCUUGGCAUAACCAAUGGGAACUACAAUGGUGUGGGAAAGAAGAGAAAGUUGACAGUGAGGCAGACAGCCAUAGUAGCUGCAAAGAAGGUAAAAAUGGAAAAGAAGAAAGAGUCAAGCAGUGAAUCAGAGAAAAGUGAAGGUUCUGAUUCUGAAUCUAGCUUUUCCUUCAGUAAUUCCGAUUCUGAUUCUUCCACAUCAGAACACUCUGCAAGCACCGAUGUGGAAGAAUCUCAAAAAAAUAAAGGUAACAUGACAGCUACAGACAAGGCCUGUGCCAUGCGAGAACAACUGUUGGACAAGAUUGAACACUUGGGAAAGAGGCUGCCUCCAAACACACUGGACCAGUUGAUAGAUGAACUCGGAGGUCCCGAGAAUGUGGCUGAGAUGACUGGAAGGAAGGGUAGAGUGGUGCAAGGAUCAGACGGAAGUAUCCAUUACGAGUCUAGAGGCGAAUCUGAGUGUUCCCUUGAAACUCUCAACUUGACUGAGAAAAGCAGGUUCAUGGAUGGACAGAAGGUGAUUGCCAUAAUCUCGGAGGCAGCUAGCUCCGGCAUAUCUCUACAGAGUGAUCGCAGAGUGACCAACCAGAGACGGAGAGUACAUAUCACCCUGGAGCUACCUUGGAGCGCUGACCGAGCCAUACAGCAGUUUGGCCGAACCCACCGCAGCAACCAAGUCAACGCCCCAGAGUACAUGUUCCUCAUCUCUAACUUGGCUGGAGAGAGAAGAUUCGCCUCCAUAGUGGCCAAGCGUUUGGAGAGUCUGGGAGCCUUGACUCAUGGUGACCGGCGUGCCACAGAAGUACGGGAUUUAUCCCAGUACAACAUUGACACCAAGUACGGCCGCACAGCCCUCACGUCUGUCAUGAACGCCGUGUUGAACAAGGUGGCCCCGCUGGUGCCUCCUCCUCAGGACUACAAGGGAGACUUCUUCAAGGAUUGCACUGAUGCUUUGGUCGGCGUGGGAGUGAUUUUGAAAAGCAUGAACGGCUUCCAUACAAUGGAGAGGGAAAUCAACAUUAGUCGGUUCCUAAACCGGAUCCUUGGUUUGCCAGUUGAGCUGCAGAACCGGCUCUUCCAGUACUUUAUGGACACCCUACAAGCAAUCGUCAAUCAAGCUAAGAAAUCGGGCAGAUACGAUUUGGGAAUACUAGACUUGGGGACAGCAGGAGACAAUGUUCACCAUGUGGAGCUGCACACUUUCUUGGGUCAACACGCCACGGGCUCUGCCAUGACGGAGAUUCAUGUUGUAAGAGUUGAGAGAGGGUUCAGCUGGGAAGACGCAAUGAGGAAGGCCGAACAGCUGACCGGUGAUGAUGAAGGCUUCUACCUCUCACAUCAGAUACGUAAUGGAAAACAAACAGCCAUUUUGGCAGUGAGUCCGAACAAUCGAAACACAGGAAGCAAAUUUGAAAUGUACACUAUUUACCGUCCAAACACCGGCCUUCAGGUGAGGCCAGACGCUCUGGGGGAAAUUAAGAAGAAAUACAGGAAGGUGAAAGCAUCGGAUGCGAUGAAACAUUGGAUCCAACAAUACGAGUCAUCUUUAACUACUUGUUCACAUGCAUACUGGGGUGGCAACUGUCGGAUGGUGACUUUGGGUUACAACUGUGAGGUCGGGUUACGCAGACGCAAGUACAACGUGCUGGCUGGCUCGGUGCUCAGCGUUUGGACCAAGGUGGAGGCGAUACUGCGCGAAGAAAACAGAACACAGGUGGUGCGUCUCCGUACAGCCGACGGAGUCAAGAUUGUUGGAACACUGAUUCCAAACUCCUGUUUGGGACCUCUGCUACAAGAACUUGAAUGAAGACGCAGAAAAACUAACUUGGAAUUACGUUAAUAAAUCUUAAGUUCCUAUCCAGUAACGAGUAACCAAAGCGAGUUACCAAAGUGAUUUAAUUAGGAAUAUACUACCAGUUUUCUUAAGGUCUCUAAAAUCAAGUCUGAUUUCGUAGCGCAUUCCUUUAGUUCUAAAUUAUUUGUCAUUGUAUUUAUACCUCGCAAGUUUACUUUUUGUUAAAAAUACCUCAAGGAAUUUUGCAUUUGCCAACUAUGCCCUUAUUUGUUAGCUGAGACAUAGUAUUUUCGUAUUGAAUGCAUCCGUUUUUAUGUUUGGGGAAAACUGUUGGACAUAAAAUAUUGCUCUCUUUUGCAAAAUAAUUAUGAAUAAUUCUUAAAUGGAAGCGCUGGUAAUAGUUAUUACUGAUUACUAUGUAAUUGUUAAUUUUUUACAGUAUUACCUGUUUUAUAUUACGCUAUGUUACUGUGUGAUUAUUUUUAAUACAAACUCUAUUGUGUUUGUGUAACAGAGUUUUUUCAUUUUUGUAAAAGUAGUACAAGUUGUAUUUUGAUAAGUUAUUCAGUUUAUUCAUUUGAUAGGUUAGGUAUAACAUGAGAGAUGUUGGUGUUGUUGAAACAGUAUUAACUACAAAGUAUUAAAGCACAACCUCUUACGUCGAUCCAACUUAGCUAAGAUCUGUGUUACCGACGGGAAAAGUUGAAAACGACAACAAAUUUAAAUACGGAGAAAACACCUUUAAAAUGUUUACACGUCACAAUAAAACAAAAACUAUAACGUCUCAACAUACUUGCAGCGAUACACUCAGGCAACAGAUAUUCAGUAACGGCAAACGACAUAUGUUGCGCUAAUGAGUUAAAUAAAGCAAUAGCACUUACCUAAAUGCAUAUUUUCAUAAUUUAUAUUCAUUUUUAGUUAUUGCAUUGAGUUAUCUAGGGAUCUGACGUAGAGAGGUUGUAAUGUACUUGAUAAGUCCAUUGAUAUUGUUUUUUGUAAUUAGGCUAAAAACUACCUAAUGCAUCAUUGGCCAGUAUUACUCAAACCUUAUGUGUUAAGUUUACCAAUCGUUAAGUUAUUAUUUUAAUAAUAUUAACCACAAUUUAGUAGCUAGGAGUUUGUUGAUACAGUGGUUAUCGCUGUUCUUUUUUGCUACUAAAUAAUGUUUUUAACUUUGCUAAUUGGUAAGUAGUAAUGAAUUUAUUUAUUGUUACUAAAGUUAAUUGCAAAGUGUGGUUGAAAUACUGUAUUCCAUA